GGUGUGAGGGGUUUUCAUAAUCACAAACUUGAGCUUUAUUCUGAAGGUAGCAGCCAAAGAAAUACUCUCACGAGGGAGAAGAAGGAAGACAUCAAGAAAAUGGAGGCAUCGAUGACUCAGCCGAAACGAAUGAGGAAGUCUCUCAAUGACAACUAUGAUGAUCACCACAACAUGAAACAAGUUUACAAUGAAACCAGCAAGGUUCGUCUACAGAGAUUGGGUGGCAUAAAACCAAUGCAGUGGACAUUGAAGGAAUCUCAAAAGCUCGAGUAUUUCGUUGAGUGUGAAUUUAAUAUUGAUCGUCAUACAAACCAACAAGCAUAA